AUGGCAAUUACGAUUAUUGCACCGACUUUUGCUGCGGUUCCUCAUCAUACGGAAGAUGCGUUUGAUAAUUCUGAUGAUGGAGGUGCUGAUUUAGAAGGAGAUAUUGAUAUGCGACCGGCCAAGCGGGCAAAGAAUCAAGAUAUUGUUACACCCGGUGAAAUAAUUACUGAUGACCCUCAAUGGAUGAGAGGACAUGGCACAUAUGUCGCUCCUGCCAGUACCGAGAUCAUAGGAACUGUCGCAGGUACAGUUCAAAAGACGAACAAACUUCUCUCAGUACGACCAUUACGCGCCCGCUACACUCCAGAAAUCGGUGAUCUUGUGGUCGGACGGAUUGUAGAAGUGCAAAGUAAGAGGUGGCGUGUUGACAUUGGAGCUCCUAUUCUUGCAGGUCUACCACUCUCAGCAAUCAAUCUUCCCGGAGGUAUUCAACGAAAGAGGACAGAAACCGACGAACUUCAAAUACGAACUUUCUUCUCGGAAGGAGAUCUACUGGUUGCCGAAGUUCAACAAUUAUAUCAAGAUGGAAUGGCCACUUUACACACGAGAAGUUUGAAAUAUGGAAAGCUGAGGAAUGGAGUUUUCAUGGCUGUUAGUGGAACCGGUGGAGGUGGUGGUGUGGUUCGGGCUAGAAGACAAGUUUGGACUAUCGAUACGGUACACAAUGGUGGGAAAGUGGAUGUUAUCUUGGGGGUCAAUGGAUAUAUUUGGAUAUGCAAAACUGUCGAGGUGAAGGAAGGUGAAACUUCUAUCACGAGGAUUGAGGAAACUGUCAGCAGUGCGGCAUAUUCGAGUCAAAAUGAUGAAAUUACCACUGAAACGAGGAGAGAGAUUGCAAGAAUAAAGGGUGUCAUCCAAUUGCUGGUGGAAGAAGGAUUGAGGGUCGAUGAAGAAAUGGUCAUGAAAGGAUAUGAAGCCGCUGUCGAAGUAGAUGAUGAGGACGAGGGUGAAAGUAGUGCGUAUAUUGGAGGAGAAAUAGGCAAACGGGUAUUGAGUCUGAUAAGCGGAACAUGA